UGAUGCUGAUGAGAGAUUCAGAGACAGACUGCAGGUGGAUGAUCAGACUGGAUCUCUCACCAUCACAAACAUAAAAACUAAACACUCUGGACUUUAUGAAGUCGAUAUCAUCAGCAUCAAUAGACAUACAACACACCAGUCAUUCAGAGUUACUGUCAGUGGUGGAGUGAUGAUGAUGAUGUCAGUGAUGGAGGGACAUUCAAUCACGCUGUACACUGACACUGAAAUGCAGACGUAUGAUCUGAUAGACUGGAUGUUUGGAGAUGAACACGCUCAGAUAGCUGAAAUAUAUAAACCAGACAAACGCUUCACUACGUAUGAUGAUGUUCUCGACGGUAGAUUCAGAAACAGACUGAAGCUGAACGAUCAAAGCGGAUCUCUCACCAUCACAAGCAUGAGAUCUCAACACGCGGGCGUUUAUGAAGUAAAGAUGAGCGGUAACAGACAUUCAUUACACAGGAGAUUCAAUGUGACCGUCACCGCGCUGGGUUUGCCUUUAGUUUCUGUAGUUGGAAUAUGUUUUUUCCUGCUUUUCCUUGCUGCCGGUGUAACCGCUUUUGUGAUUUACUGUCGCUGCAUGUAUCACCGCAGACUCUUUCUUUCAGCUCAGGAGAUGACAGUGAUGAAGGGAGAUUCUGUCACUUUACGUACUGAUCAUCUUACUGACAUACAGAGAGAUGAUGUGAUCCAGUGGAUGUAUGAAGAUGAGGAGAUCGCUCAAAUUAAAAACGCGACCAUCAAUUUUCAGCGACCAUCAGAGAGAUUCAGAGAAAGACUGCAGGAGAAUGAUCAGACCGGAUCUCUCACCAUCACAAACAUCACGACAGAAGACUCUGGAGUGUAACGACUCAACAUCAUCAGAUAUAGAAAGUUCUUCAAUAUCAAAAGUGGAAAGCUUUUAAAAAUCAUCAGAAUAAGAAAGCGUUCAUCUAAGAGAUUUCAUGUGAUUGUCAUCGAUAAACUCAUUCAAGUGAAUGUGGGAGAAUCGGUCACUCUUAAGACGGGUGUUACUGAGAAAGAUGAGAAGAUCGAGUGGAGGUUUAGAGAGGAAGAUACUCCCAUAGCUGAAAUCAAUCCUGCCCACAGUAUCUCAUGUGAGGAUGAUGAUGGUGAUCUGUUUAAAGACAUGGAAGUGAAUGAUCAGACUGGAGAUCUGACCAUCAACAACGUCAGACACGAACACUCUGGUGUUUAUACACUGAAGACCAUCAACGGUGGAAGAAACUCAUUGAGGAGACUGUGUGUGAUGGUCACUGAUCCAUCAGCAAAUGAGCUGAGAGAGUCAGUGGAGAUAAACGCGCCUUUGGUGAAUGGAGAAUUAAAUAUAAGCCUUAAUAUUAAAGUUACAGACAACAUCUGAACUACACUCGAACUCACUGACUGCUGUGUAUUUUCUGUUAAUAUCAAAAGUCUUAGUCCAUCAGUCCAAGUAUGCACACUUUCACUAUAGUACACAACACUAGUAUGUUGAAUGAGUGGUAAAUCCGUAUUCAUAAGCAGUAUUCAGUGUGUGAUUAUUACACUGAUGAUCUGCUCAUCCACACUGAACUUCUGGGGUCUUUUCUAUCAGUAAUGCCACAGGGGGAGAGAAGCCAUAAGAUUGAUCAAAUAAAAUAUAUAGAAAUACUUGUUGGGUGGCUUUUGUAGGGCAUCAUGCUUGCCACUGCCAAAUGCGAAUUACAAAUGAAUAAAUGUGAAUAUUUUCUUGUGCUUCGUGGUUAAGUUGUACUUGUAUAGGAACGUGAAUAAAUGUGUUUUGCAGUGGAUGGGUGGAUUUAGUGUUUGGACUAGUUUAUUGUGAGUUUCAGCCUGAGAAAUGUAUGAUUUGAGAUGUGUUGUAUUUAAUCUGAUUUUUUCUUAUCCAUGUAUAUAUAUAUAUAUUCUACAGUAUUAUUAU